CGGCUCUCGGCCACAAAGAUGUCCUGCUACGACCUGUGCCCGCCCAAGGCCGAGCUGUGCCCGCCCCGAGCCAGCGUGGCCGUGCCCCAGCCCAUCGCCGAGAGCUGCAACGAGCUGUGUGCCCGCCAGUGCCCCGACUCCACGGCCUUCAUCCAGCCGCCCCCCGUCGUCGUCACCUUCCCCGGCCCCAUCCUCAGCUCCUUCCCCCAGCAGGCCGUGGUUGGCUCCUCCGGAGCUCCUGCCUUUGGCGGCUCCCUGGGGCUGGGAGGCCUCUACGGCGCCGGCGCCACCCAGGGCUCGGGGGGGCUCUGCACCUUCCCCAGAGCUGCUCCUGCCUGCAGCCCCUGCCUGCUGCCUCGCUACACCAGGAAGCUCUGGGACACCUGCGGGCCCUGCUAG